AUGACGAAAGAAUCACAUAAGGAAAUGGAAAUGCUUUAUACUAAUCUCACUCAGAUAUAUCGCACUCUGGAAACUUUACAACGCCCUGUAGAAACUUGGGAUGAUGUAUUUGUUUUCACUGCCGUUCAACGUCUGGAUUCGGAAUCUGUAAAGGCUUGGGAGAAUCAUUUAGGAUCGAAUAAACAGCCCCCUACUUGGGAGCAAUUCAAGGACUUCUUGUUUAAUCGUUUGCAUUCUUUACAAGCAUUUGAAAAAUGCACACUGGGAAAAUCAGUUCCAUCUGCCAAAUCACAUUUUUCGGGGAAACCAAAGGACGAUAAAGCGGGUAAGAAGAAUUCGUGCGUGAUUUGUUCGGCGAAACACUACGUAGCCCACUGCCCUCAGUACACCGCUAAAACUAUUGAACAACGUCUAGCAAUUAUCGCGAAGCAUAAGUUAUGUUUCAAUUGCCUCGGUUUACACAGAGCAUCGGCAUGUCGCGUAACCACGCGAUGUUUGAAGUGUGGAAGCAAACACCACACCACCAUUCACAAAUUCAAAGGGAAACAGAAUUCGGAUCAAGCUACGGCCAAGGCCGAACCACAGGCGGAUUCAUCUUCUACUUCUACAAAGGAACAGGCGUCACAGUCUACUUCUACCAAUACGAAUGCAAAGGCUGUGAAUUCCACUUCGGUCUCACAAUUAACAUCUGUAUUACUAGCCACGGCGCAGAUCAUAAUCGAGGGCCCCAACGGGGAAUUUACUAAGGCUCACCCUAAAUUUACAGUUCCAGGUUCUAUAGACGUAAUUCUGGGAGCAGACAUUUAUAGUAAUCUCAUUGAAGAAGGAAUUGUUAAGGGAGCUGUGGAUACUCCACUCGCACAAUGCACAAAAUUAGGAUGGAUUAUUUCUGGUCCUGCAGGAAAUGCUCCUACCUCUUCCUUUACUCAAAGUCUCCACGUCUCCAUUAAUCGGGAGCUACAUGAUUUAAUUCAACGAUUUUGGGAGAUGGAAACGGUCCCUUCCUACAAUGAUUCGUCAUUAACUGCUGAGGAUCAGCAAUGCGAAUUGCACUUUCAAUCUACGCAUACUAGAGAUGCCAGUGGACGGUAUGCGGAAGCUUAUCAGGGGUUUAUGGACGAAUUCGAAAGGUUGCAACACAUGACGCUAGUUCCAGAAUCCGAUCCUGAACCUCAAUUAGUAUACUAUUUACCACAUCACGGAGUCUUACGGGACAACGAUCUUAAUAGAAUCAGAGUAGUUUUUAAUGGCUCAAGCCCUACUACCACGGGAUGUUCUCUGAAUGAUCUGCUACAUACAGGAGCUAAACUUCAAAUUAAUGUAUUCGAUGUUCUGGUUUGGUGGCGACGAUUUCCUUAUGUCUUUUCGUUCGAUAUG